CCGGCGAGCUGGAUAUCUGCGCGAGGCGCCGCGUUGCGGCCCUUUUCCGUCUCAGCGAAGUGUGGUGCAGAGCGGUGUUCACAAGAUGACUGAGUGGGAGACCGCCCCGGCCGUGGCCGAAACCCCAGAGAUCAAGCUCUUUGGGAAGUGGAGCACAGACGAUGUCCAGAUCAAUGACAUCUCCCUGCAGGACUACAUCGCCGUGAAAGAGAAGUACGCCAAGUACCUCCCUCACUCCGGGGGGCGCUAUGCCGCCAAGCGCUUCCGCAAGGCCCAGUGCCCCAUUGUGGAGCGCCUCACCAACUCCAUGAUGAUGCACGGCCGCAACAACGGCAAGAAGCUGAUGACCGUGCGCAUCGUCAAGCACGCCUUCGAGAUCAUCCACCUGCUCACCGGAGAGAACCCCCUGCAGGUGCUGGUGAACGCCAUCAUUAACAGCGGCCCCCGGGAGGACUCCACCCGUAUCGGCCGUGCCGGUACCGUCAGGAGGCAGGCCGUGGAUGUGUCCCCCCUGCGCCGAGUCAACCAGGCUAUCUGGCUGCUGUGCACAGGUGCGAGGGAGGCCGCCUUCAGGAACAUCAAGACCAUCGCCGAGUGUCUGGCGGACGAGCUGAUCAACGCAGCCAAGGGUUCCUCCAACUCCUACGCCAUCAAGAAGAAGGACGAGCUGGAGAGAGUGGCUAAAUCCAACCGUUAAAUUACUGUCUGUCGCUUUUUUUCAGUCGCAGGAAAUAAAAUUUUGGAAACAUCUA